AUGUUUGUUUUACACACAGCAUUGCGAGACACUUACAUGAGGAGAAAUGAUGGAUUUGUUCUUGUUUUCGAUCUUACUGCAAAAACCACAUUAGAGGAACUUGUCAAUUUUGUCGAAGGAAUUAAACGUGUGAAAGAAGAAGAUGAAAAAUUUUCAUCCAUUCCAUUUGUUUUGGUUGGUAAUAAGGUCGACCUUGGAGAUCAAAGAAAAUUCACAAAGAAAGAAGUCAUGUCUUUCAUGGUCGAUCGAUUAGAGUUGCCUGAGGACACUCCUUAUUUCGAAUCGAGUGCUAAAAAUCGAGUAUUGUGUGAUGAGCCAUUUGAAGCCAUGGUGAGACGAAUGAGAAAAUUACAAAAGAAAGCAAAGUCAGAAUCUGAGGACGGAAAUGUACAAACCUCUUCAAGCUCUGGUAAAGGUGGAUUGUUUUCGAGUAUGUCUGGAGCAUCAGAAAAGGAUCAUGAUUUGCAGACAUUUAAGGAAUUGCAAUAA